UGAACCCGAAAGCCGCCAUUUAAAAACAGUAGAAGAAGAAGAAGCAGAAUGACGUCACUUCCUGUCAGAUGAAGCGUGCUGCACACUGGAAGCAGGAAGAUGGCCGCAGACAGCAGGACGGAGGACUACCCCCACGAGAUAGACGAGCAGCUCACAGGCUUCCACUCCUCUGUGUCUGAUAUCAACACCAUGCUGGAGAAGAUGAUGUCCAUGCCCAGGAACGACCAGCUGCAAAACCUGGACGCUUUGGAUCAAGCCAAGCUGGACCUGAUGUCUGCCUACACUCUUAAUUCAUUAUUCUGGAUGUACUUGGUUACAAAAGGAGUGAAUCCCAGAGAACAUGGAAUCAAACAGGAAUUGGAGCGAAUAAGGACGCACAUGAACAAAGUGAAAGAGAUCACCGACAGGAAGAAGGCUGCUCGUCUGGAUAAGGGGGCUGCUGCACGCUUCAUGAGGAACGCUCUCUUUGAUCCCAACGCGAGAAAGAACGCCGCGGACACGCCGUCUGACACGCCGCAGACGAAGCGUCCAAAGCAGAGCUGAAUGAAAGAGGAGGAUUUAUAAUCUCUUUUUGGGACAACAAAAAACUCUUUGCUUGGAAGGCCUCAAAGAUCAACAUGAGACACAAAAAACACCCGUUUGUGUUCAUCUGGGUUGCUCAGCAGUCAAAUAGUCAGAUUGUUGCAGUCAGCAAAUGAAAAAAACGAUUCACAACGAUUUACGAUUCACCACCAUUUUGCUGAACAUAUUUUCUGCUUCAGAGUUUGAUAGAUUCAAGGCUGUUAUAUUUUUGUAAUGUCACUUCAUUAUUGAUCUUCAGGGUUUCAUAACCGUGAAACGUUAGGAUAUAAUUUAGAAAACUGAGUAAAAACAAUGAAUUGGCCUCUCCGUGUAUUGAAAUAUGGAAUUUAAGAUUGUUUGGAUUCUUAUAGAUGAAUGAGAAAUGUGAAUUUCUCUUUUCUUCAAGUGAUUCUAUGAAUCAUUUUUUUUAUUUUUUAUGUUUUUACACACAAGACGUGUCAAACAUUUACUGAUAAAAUGUUUUGGUGAUGUAUUGCUUUUAGGAUCAACCUCUACAUAAAAAUACUGGAUGGAUGGAUGAUGUUUCAGUUAUUCUUUUUUCCCCUGUUUUACAAUGUAAUGUGCCAAAAACCUAAGGUACCCAAGGUAAUUAAAUUUUUAUGUAAAACAGUUC